AUGCCUGUACAUAAGAACCCGAUUUUGGCUGGAUUCAAUCCCGACCCCAGCGUUGUUAGGGUCGGUGAAGACUACUACUUGACAACAUCAACACUAAAUCUCAGGACUGGAGAGCCUGGCUCUGGCAUCUGGGCACCCACUCUUAGAUUUCACAAUGGCAUGUUUUACAUAAGCUUUGACCAGGACCUUNUUUGGGACGAUGACGGCAGUGUCUACCUCUCGACUUGUUACAGGGCAAUAGAUCAUGAUGUUAGCAGUGGACUCAAGGGCUUCAAGGUUCACGUUUCGAGGAUUGAUCUGGCCACAGGAACGUCCCUCGACACUCCUAGAAUUAUUCGAGCAUCACCAUCGGGCGUUGCUGAAGGCUCACAUUUGAUCAAGAAGGGCCACCACUAUUACCUGUUCGUUGCAGAAGGCGGUACAGAGAGCGGCCACAUGGAGUUGGCGUUUCGAAGCGAAAUCGGACCGCAUGGCCCUUGGGAGCCUGCGCCGAACAACCCCCUUAUCAGUGCCAACACACAAGACGAUGUUCAAAACACGGGGCAUGCUGAUCUGGUCGAGGAUGUCAAUGGUAGAUGGAAAGCGNGUCGAGAAACUUUCAUGGUGAGCGUGGACUGGGAAAAUGAUUGGCCGGUAUUCAAUCAAGGAAACAAAGUCCAACUCACCUUCGAAGCAGAUGCAGAACCGGCGCCACCUGCCCUUCCAUGGCGAGACAAUUUUGAGGAAAGCAAAGACCUCGCUCCUGGGUGGUAUCAUANNAAAGUAUCGCUUGAUAUCUCGUACAGAUUCUCAUUUACUGAUAUCAAAACAGACACGCCGCUGAAGCGGGAGUAUUCCCUCUUAGAGCGUGAUCAUCAUCUAAGGCUCUGGGGAGGACCCUACAACCUUCAAUCGCUUGAGAGUCCGACGCUGGUCCUUCGCAAACAGAUAUUUGUGCGUGGCAUUUGGGAAACGAAACUGGACUUUCGAGCCCAAUAUCAGCAUUGUGAAGCCGGUACUGUGGUCUACUGGAACCCUUACACGUUCAGCAGCGUUGGUAUUCACAAAGGAUCAAUUGGGGAGAGCAGAAUUAUUAGAUUCACGACUUCGAAUUCUCCAGGAGAAUUCGUUUCUACCGACCGACCACUCAACCACAUGGGUUCUGUCAAACUUGCAAUCAAAUGCUCCGAGGUCGGGUACACUUUAGGGUACGCAGAGCUUGGUGAGGAGUACGAAUGGUUCGAGCAAAUUAGCAUGAGGACCAUGACGGCGGACCCUCCGAAGGGAAUGGCAUUUACAGGCAUGAUGUUUGGACUGUAUGCAUAUGGAGAGCUUCAGAAGUGCUUGGAACCCGCAGACUUUGCUUUUGCCUCGUUCACGAGCGACUGA